GAGGCGACAAGCGGCGCUACGGCAAGAUGUCACUGUCCCUGGCAGGGGUGUGCAGGGGCUCGGCUCUCGUGUUAUUGCACGGAAUUCGACCUGCAGGGGUUAAGAAUGGCAUAUGUACCCACGUUUUGGUUUUCUCGAGAUUAAGCCUGUGUAACCAUUACUCGUCCUCCAAAGCCAGGCUGGGGCUGAGCCGACACGUGGCGUCCAGGCUACGGUGGGCCAAUGAGAAGUAUGAGAAAUUUCUUCAGCGUCGUUUCCCACGCUUUUAUGUUUUGUAUCACACUUUUAUGACAGGAUUUCGGCUUCUUUUCCAAAAUGCCAAGGAGGUCAGAAUCAUAAAGACAAAGAUGAUCAGCAACAACGUAAAAUUCCAGAAUCUCUCCUACCGUGAGAUGGAGACACUGAGACUGUUUCGCCGAGACAUGAUAAAAGCCAUUCCCCUGGUGCUGAUCUCUAUCCCUCCUUUUGCCAACUACUUGGUCUUUGUUCUCAUGUAUUUCUUCCCCCGGCAGCUCCUGAUUCGUCACUUCUGGACGCCACGACAGCAGAACGAAUUCCAGAGGAUCUAUCACAGCCGUCGAGCCAAGGACCACGCGGCCAUCCUGAUGGGUCUAACCAAGGCAGUGCCAGCCGUUACGGACAGCCGCUUGCAGAGCCGGCUUCUAGACCUUUGCAAUAAGGUACAAAGUGGUGCACAACCUAGUGUGCCCGAAAUCCAAGCAGUCAAAGGCCUCUUCUCCGGGCCACCUCUGGGAAUAAAGAGGCUGGACGCCGAUCACAUGAGACUGCUCUGCUCCUUGUUCUUUUUGACCCCCUGGCUUCCAGCCUUUGCCGUCAGCCACCGCCUGCGCGGCCAGGCUUUGGAGCUGCUGCAGCUUGACCGCGCCCUGCAUCGGCUGGGCGUGCACGAACUUAGCGAGUCUGAGCUCCGGCAGGCCUGUUACUUGCGAGGGGUCGACUCAAGCCGUCUCAACAUCGGGGAGUGCCAGGAUUGGCUGAUCCAGUGGCUCAAGCUGUCCAAUCAGCUCAAAGAGUCAGAAACAUCUUUGCUGUUGCACAGCAUGGUCCUGCUAUCUGCCAACUAUCCUAAAGCAUUUUACCUCUGACUGCAGAUGAUUAUAGUUUUCUCUUCUUUUCCAUUUCUACAUUGCAGCAACCGUCAACAUCAGGCUUGGCUAAAGCUAAGGCCCCUUAUGCUAUUUGCACUCAGGACUUGUUCGUAUAAAUGGCUACACUUUAUUUUUUGCACGUGCCCUCCAGGGUACAGAGUACAUGGGAAUCAUAAAGAGAAUAAAAUGUGAAAGAUGUCGACCUAUCUUUCUCUCAUAAAAGGCAUUCCUUUUAAAACACAGCAGUGAGGGAUAUGCAUUUCCCCCAUUUGCUUUGCUUAACAGUCGAAUGUGUAGUUUUACCGUCCAUAGCUGAACUGUGUGGCUAACGGGUAUAUUUCCAUAUGAUGCAUGACUUUCAGUUGUGGCCAGAGCAUGCUUCUCCAGAAAAAAGGAAGCAUUCUAUAAUUGUUUCUAAAACACAGUUCCCCAGGACUGUUUGAUUUUUGUAUACAGAAUUAGGACACGGAAAUCACGUGGAAUAUUUAAAGGGAAAUAAUCUUUACAGACUAACUUCUGGCUUUUAAGCAGUCUAUUUCUGCUGUGCUCUAAAUUGUAUUUGUCGCUUUUAGUACAAGUAAUUUAUAAUUUCAUUACUCAUUCCACUUCGCUUGAAAUUUUAUUUGUGCAUAAAGCCAUCACAAGCACACCUCAUUACGUUCAUCACCAUAUUGAAACAACCUGGAUAGCAAACUAAAUACAGUCCUUGGAGAGGAAGCAAUGGGGUUUAAUGAUCACCAGUUCUACCAGUGAUCUAUUCUUAGUGCUUUUUAUUUAUUUGGCUUAUAGCCUUUGUGCUACAUAAUGUGGAGUUUUUUUAUUGUUUUUUUACAUAUUCGGAAAGUCAUUUUAUUUAAACAAUACUGCUUUAAUAUUUACAGCAUAAAAUGUGACAUAGGUGUUAUAUAUAUAUAUAUAGUUGGUGUCUUCAUGUCUGUACUGUGUUCACUUUCAAGUUUACUUGUAUUUGAGGAUUUGUGCCACAGAAAUUAAAUUGAAUAGGAGAUGCAAUCGAAGAGUUUAUUUUCGAGUGAGAAAAAUGAAGGCGAUGCUAAUGAUAUCGCUUAAGUAAUUGGAAAUAUCUGCCUUCCAGGUAUAUUUAGGCUUAAGUUACAAAAGGAAAUAAAGUUCAGUGAUAAAUAUUGUUUGUCCCAGUUAUAUAAUACAGCAUAAUGUGAUGGGCAAAAGAGAAGUAAAACCAGGUAAAAAUAAAAUGCUUUUUGUCUUCA